AUUAUUGUCGUAACUUUUCAGUAUUCGGCUGUAUUUAUCAAGUGGCAAGGGGUGCGUUCGGCGCGCCCUUGACACAAAGUGUAUACUACACAGGACGGUGUGUCACCACUCACCAGUAGCCGUGAAUCGUGAUACGCAUUUCCCAUACAUUCUACUUUCUCCGCCAUUAAUCGGUCGCAUAAUAAAUCAAAGCUUGGAGAUCGAAGAACCUAGCGCAUAGGAAAAAGUGGGGAUGCGCAAACAAAACUAAACCAUGCAUUGUUGUUGACAUACCUCUAUACUUUGUCAUGCCGGUACUCUUCUGGUCUCUCGUCUCUGGUUAUUUAUUUCUUGCGUUUAGACGAUUAGUGUUUACUGUUUAACCGUUUUACGUAACACACUGCGGAGCAUUGAAGUUACCGCGUGAGGAUUAACUGAUUAAGGAAAGUCUGACGUCGGACGUGAAAAUGUUUACUCAUAGAAAUCAUAAAACUGAACAAUCCCAAACUUCAUCAAAUAGAAAACGUAAAUUAUUUUCUGUAGACAAUUUGGAUGAAAAUAUCUCUCCAUCCAAAGUGUAUGAUCUUGAACAUGCUUUUCCUGAAACAUCUUUUUCCAUGAAUCCAAUUGAAUUAAGUCCAACUCUGAGUGAAAAAUUUGAAAGUCUUAUUUCAAAUUCAGAGAAUGAACAUUUAUCUUUAUCAUCAAUUACCACAAAGGAAUCUUCAAGUUAUCAACCAAUUGAACAUAAUACCAUCACUACGUUUAAAUCAAAAAAUGUUGAAGGAGUUAAACAUGUUAUAAAGGAAAGCUUUGGUUCAAAUGAAAUUCAAAAUAACAAUGCUGAGUAUGAAGUAAAAGCUUUGUGUUCUUAUGAUUAUAAAAAGAUAUCACACAAAGAUUUUAGUGUUGAACGAGUUACCCGAUCACAUUAUAAUCCAAAGGUAAAAGCAAAACCAUUUAAAGAUAGUAAGUCAACGAGUAAAAAAAGACCUAGAUCUGCUAGCAGAGAACUAAAAACAAAAAUAAAUUUGUUUCCUGAUGUUAUAUCGCCGUUUAAGAAGAAGUCUAUGGAUGUGAAAUCAUGUAAAAAGGAGGAAAAAACUAAUUCAACUAAAAAGAAUGUAGCUAAAAAAAACAAAACUCCAAAACAAUCUUCUUCGAAAAAAAAAAAUGUUUGGACAGAAUACAUGGAUCAAGACAAACCUAAACGUAUUUUAUUAGAACAAGACAGUAACAGAAAAUUUUUCAAGUCUAAGGUGAUUCAUAAUGAUACUCCAAAUCAGAAAAAAGAUAAUGGCUUUAACUUUAAAGUUAUAAAUUGGAAUGAUGAAAAUAGAAAUGGUUGUAGAGCUGAAGUCAAGAAACUUAAUUUAAAUAGUCCCAAAAUAUUGAAUGACAACAAAAUUGAUGAAAAUGAACAAAAUAUAAAUAAAUCAAUAGAAUUGUUGGAUAAUAACCAUAUGCCAUCUAUACAUAGUCCGUUACAGACUCCUACAUUUAAAAGAAAUCAUGAAGAUCCAAAAUGUUUGAAUAAAGGUAUCAAAAAUCAUAGCUCUAUUGAAAAAACGAUUUUAAUUAAAAAUGCAUAUGGUUUUAAUGAGAACUGUAAUGUAGAAAAAUGUCUCUCUACUUAUUCUUCACCAGCCGCUUGUCUUAAAAAAGUAUCAAAUUCAUCCAUUGGUUUUAAUGACACAAUCAUAAAUGAACCAACUAAUACUUCAAUCGAUUUCAAUGAUAAAAAAAUCAUAGAUGAAUUUACUGCUAUUGAUGCUUCAGUUAUUGUCAAUGAAUAUUCACAAACUAAUUUGUUCCCAAUUUUCAUAAAUGAAACUCCUCCACCUAAUCACAUUAUUUGUUCUAGUGAAAAAAAGAGUUCAGUGCAAAAAAGAAAAAGAAUUAUUGAUAAUACUCAAUACCAGAUUUAUGCAGGACAAAAGAAAUUUGGUGGAUUUUUGUGCAAAGAAUGUGGUCUUUAUUAUUCAAGAGGAGAACCAGAAGAUGAAGCAGAACAUGACAAAUACCAUAAAGCUAAGGAAAUUUUUAAGUAUAAGAGCUCAAAAAAUGAAAAAGUUAUUUUUAAAGAUAUUGAUGAACGCAUUGUUGUAAUAUCUGGAUCAGAUUCUAAAGCCUUAUGUUCAAAAGCCUUAGAGGUGAUGUCAUAUGUUAAUAAAGAACUUGGUUGUGACAUACAACAUUCUGUUUUACCCACAACUAAAAAAGUUCAUUUGUAUAUUAAAAAAAGACAAGUGAUUGGAUGCCUAGUAAUAGAUCUUAUAUCCCAGGCUUAUCGUAAUCUAGAGACUGAAUCGGAAGACAUGGUUGUUGUAUCUGAAGAAUUUUAUCCCGUGAAAGCAGGUGUUAACAGUAUAUGGACAAAAUGGGAUUACCGUAAUACUGGAAUUGCAACAAAACUGCUUGACUAUUUUCGUAAGAACUAUGCAUUUGGUCAUAUAUUGGCACUUGAUGAAAUAGCAUUCACAGUCCCUACACGCUCCGGUAAACUAUUCAUUAAAAAGUACACAAACCAAAAUGAUUUUUUGGUUUAUACUGGAUGGUAAUUAUUGCGGUUUGUCAUUCCUCGGAUAGCAUUAAUUUUUUGAUUAUAAUAGUUUAUAUAGUAUUUCUUAGCAAAGUGUUGCCCUGUAUAUUGAUUAUAAUAGUAUAUAUAGUAUUUCUUAGCAGAGUGUUGCCCUGAUAUGUUUCAGACAAUAAGAUAUAUAUGUACUAUUGAAAAGUGAUUUAUUCUUGUUAUACAUUCAUUUUUUUUUUUGGACCAAGUGUUAUUAUUUAUAUUUUGUUUUUUCCAAAGCUAUCAAAUGAGAAAAUAAAAGCUUCUUAGCUUCUAUCAUUUUAUUUUCAUUAAAAUAAAAAUUAUACUUAAAUAUUUUUGAAUUUAUAC